AUUUACCGAUUUGCCACCGCCAUUUCCUCAAAAACCCCCAUCCGAACUCCUUUCGCCUCUCUGUCAAACCCUAGCUCCGAUUUCAUUCAAAGGAGUCAACAGCUUAUCGCUUGCUCUAUCGGAUUUUUAUUCUGUCAACUCAAAUUACACUACCAGGCUUGUUCUUCAUGUAAGGAACUCCAACGAACAAGUGUUAGAUGCUGCAUCUGCUGCUCUAACUUUACUGAAGGAAUUAGAAGUUGAUGCAAUAAUUGGCCCUCAAGAAUCGGAGCAAGCAAAUUUCUUGAUUCGACUUGGAGAAAGAGCAAAUGUGCCAUUCAUUUCCUUUUCAGUUACAAGUCCUGCUGUUGUUCAUCCCUCAUCUUCUUAUUUCGUUCAGACAGCCAUAACCGAUUCGGCCCAAGUCGGUGCCAUUGCUUCGAUUAUCAAACACUUCCAGUGGAAUCAAAUCGUUCUUGUGUACGAAGAUUCUCACUACGGCAACUCCAUAAUUCCGUAUUUGGUCAAAUCAUUCCAAGAAGUCAAUGCUCGAGUUACGUACAGAAACUCCAUUGCUACGUCAGCAACUGAUGACAAUGUUCUCCAAGAGCUGUACAGGAUGAAAACCAUGCAAACAAGGGUAUUUGUGGUACACAUGUCGAGUUCUCUCGCAUCGAGAUUCUUCCCACACGCGAAGCGAGCUGGAAUGAUGGUCGAUGGCUAUGCAUGGAUACUGACUAGCCGGUUAAUGGAUUCACUGUACUCGUUCGAAUCACAUGUUGUUAUCGAGUCCAUGCAGGGUGUUCUUGGUGUAAAGCCUUUGAUUCCAAGAUCCGAAAAGCUUACUUCUGUAAGUCAAAGGUGGAAAACGAAGUUCGUUCAUGAUAAUCCCAAUUAUGCUCUGCAAGCAGAGCUUGGCUUGUAUGGUGUUUGGGCAUACGACACUUUGUUCGCAUUGGCUAUGGCUGCUGAAAGAGUUAAGCUUCGGUUGCCAACUUCCUCGCAAAAAACCCGUUUUUUCGAUACCGAAAUAUCACUAACAGGUCCUAAAUUGCUCGAGGCAAUUUCGGAGGUUACAUUCAAAGGGCUCGCUGGAAAUUUCCGUCUUCUAAAUAAACAAUUAGAGCCGUCAUCUUUCCAAAUACUAAAUGUGGUUGGAACUGGAGAUAGAGAAGUGGGAAUAUGGACACCUAAUGAAGGAAUUAUAAAUAAAAAAUUGAAGAGUGUUAUAUUUCCCGGAGAAUCUACGGUUGUUCCAAAGGGGUGGGAGGUGGUGCCAGCUGGCGGUAAUAAGCUGAGGAUUGGAGUGCCUGUACAACCUGGUUUUUCGGAAUUCGUUAAGGUGGAAAAAGACCCUCGAAAUAACGCUACGCUAUUUAGUGGCUGUUACAUAGACACUUUCGAUGAUGUCAUGGCGAAGCUGCCUUAUCCCGUCCCAUACGAGUUCGUUGCCUUUGAAAAAAGUGACGGUUCCAGUGCUGGGAGUUACGACGAAUUAGCAUACCAAGUUUUUCUUCAGAACUAUGAUGCUGCUGUGGGGGACAUUACUAUCACGUACAAUCGAUCAAAGUACGUUGACUUCACCAUACCGUUCUCCGAAGGAGGGGUCGACAUAAUAGUGCCAAUCGCGUACGAUGAUUUGAACAGCAAGUGGAUUUUCUUGAAGCCGCUCGCGAAAGAUCUGUGGCUAACUGCUAUAGCUUUGUUCAUCCUGACAGGUGUCGCGUUGUGGAUACUCGAGCAUAGGUUCAACUCUGCUUAUAGAGGGCCCCCUUCAAACCAUGCUGGCAUGAUCUUCUACUUCCCCUUCAUGUCAUUAGUAUUUGCUCAAAGGGAAAGAAUAGUGAGCAAUUUAGCUCGAUUAGUAGUCGUUGUGUGGAUGUUUGUUGUCCUAAUACUGAGCUCAACCUACACAGCUAGCCUUUCGGCAAGACUAACCGUACAGAGGCUUCAGCCAGCUGUCACCGAUGUUCUACAACUUACUAGAAAGGGAGACUUUGUCGGAUGCCACAAGGGCUCUUUCAUUUUCGAUCUAUUACAAGAUUUAGGGUUCGAUAAAUCAAAGAUCAAACUUUACGAGCUUCCUGUGGAAGUACACGAGGCCUUGUCUGAAGGAAGUGAAAAAGGUGGCAUAUCGGCUUUUUUCUCUGUCAGGGCAUACACAAAGCUCUUCUUAUCCAACUAUUGCAAUAAGUACACUACAGUUGGACCAACAUACCCCACUGAGGGGUUUGCUUUUGUUUUUCCUAAGGCAUCGGUGCUGGUUGCUGAUGUGUCGCGUGCGAUAAUCGAGCAAAUGCAGAAUGGGAGGAUAAAGGGAAUCGAGAGGCAGUGGAUUAAGAAUCCGAUGUGUAGUGGUGGGUCCGACGGGACCGUUGCUUCUAACAGCGUUCCGUUACAGAGUUUUCGGACACUUUUUGGAGUAACAGGUGGAAUCACAGCAACUUGCGUGGCCGUUUUUCUGUGUAGGUAUUUGUACCAGAAUAGAUAUUUUGUUCGGACCGUAACGAGCUCUAGCAAUACAACGUUUUGGUCAAAAGUGCGCGAAGUGUGCAAGCAUUUCGACGGAAGAGAAAACGCAGCAACAAUUGGUACAAAUUUAGUUGGUAAUAGUAGUCCUAGGUCAAGUAGUACUGUAGUUCCUGUAUCAUCUGUACAUGUAGAAAUAAUUGAUGGUGUGAACACCGUGGAAUCAAUAUCAGAAUCAGCAUCCGAAUCAACAUCUGAAUCAGUAUCAGUAUCAGAAUCAACAAUAGUCUAGUGUAUGUAACUGAUUAAUAAUAGAUUAGACUUGUAAGAGGUGAUUGAGCAUAUUUUCAGGAGAGUUAUAUUAUUAUUGAGCAAUGUUUUAGAAACCGGACCAGAUAUUGGCUCGGGUAAGCUUAUUGUGUCGUGGUUGGACUGGUUCAA